GCUGUCGUUUGACAUUUCGUUUCAACACCGUAAAUACAAUAUCGAUAAUUGAGUUUAUUUAGCCUUUCUUGGUGCGGCUAAAUCUCGUUUUUUUUAGUUUCAUUCAAUAAAUUCAUAAUGAUGUUGAAUGUUACACGGCAAAUUUUUGGUAUAAAUCAUCUAAAUAAGCCCAAUCUGUGUGCUUUAACACAAAUACGAUGCGCAUAUGUAAGAGGUAAUAGGGACUAUAUAAAACGACCAAAACCAAUUCCACAUAUUAAAUUUGAAGCAUCCGCACAAUCGCUCAAAGCCAAAGGGUAUUUGCGUCCUCAAGAUCCAUAUACGCCACCGAAAAAUGUACCGCAAAUCGUUGAUCAACUGAAAACCAAUGCCAAAUUGAAAACUGGAUUUGGCGGCAAGAAAUUUUCCAUCGACGAUAAAUUUAAUUUUUUACUCAUUUGUGCAGAAGAAUUUAAUCGCACAGUGCCCAAUUCGGUGUUACAUGAAAUGGAAACACUAAAUGAUGUGAUUGACUUUUAUGAGACACCAGUGAACACAAUUUUGCCAUUGGAUGAAUUGACAACGCGUGAAUUACCACCAAAUCUACACAUUGAACAGAAAUACACACGCUUCAAUCCAGAGACGGACAAAAUGUUCAAUGGAAAAACCGCUUUUCCACAAAGUUCAACUAUUAUUACAGGUAUCAAAUAUCGGAAGAAAUACCCUGGUUUUGUAGCCGAAAAGAAAUUAGGCAUCGACGAAGAUCCUUAGUUAUUUUGUGUGUACAUAAGAAAAACUCCUUUAUUUCAAUGAAAAAUAAAACAACAACAAUAUUAUAAUAAAAUUAGACAGUUUAAAUAACAAGAAACCGUACGGUUUA